AUGAGAAGAAAAGGAAGCGUAGACGAAAUUAUCUCAAUAAACUCAGUUUUGAGAGACACAAAUUAUGUUUUUGGUGACUUAGCCGCAAUACCAACCCCAGAACCUCCUGUAAUAUUAAUUCAGGAAACAAAAAUCAUACAUAUUAACUUAUCAGACAAGCUCCAUAGAAUUAUAUUUAUAGAAGACGCAAUAGACCUUAAAAAUAAUUUGCAUGAUCAUGAAGAUCACAUCCUUAUUUUUCAAAAUCUUCCUUCUGAAGAUAUAACACAAAUAAGAAUUGCUUUUAACCUCCAUCCUGUCAUCGAUUCAGAGUGCUCUUCUGUAGAAAACAACAAUAGAGAUAAUCUAAUGCUAUUCUCCGAUCACUUUUUUUUCUCGAUCAACGAUUUAAAUGCUUCAAAUAAUGUAGAAUUUCCUAUCGCAAUGAAAACAAUAGUCUAUUCUAAUUUUUUAUUGAUUUUUUGCAAUGAACCAUUGGAAAAUGCUGAAGAUGUAUUAUCAAUGAAUUUAUCAAAUGUCGACAAAGCAGAUGAAAUUUCGGACAGCCCUAGGAUUGGAUUUUGCAGUGAAUAUAUUGAAAUUAUUUUUCAAAAAUUAAUAGAAACCAUUUUUAAAAGAAUGGAAAUGAUCGUUUAUAGUAUGGAAGAAGAAGCAAGAAUCUGUUUGAGGUUUUCGCAGAAUUUGAGUAUUGAGGAGCAAACUGAUUUUCUAUUAAGGAUAAGCAUGGCAAAAAGAAAAUUGAUAUAUCUCAGGAACCUAGUUAAGCCAAAAAUUCAACUUUUUACUGGCUUGUAUCGCUCUGACCAUGUUUCUGCACAUUUCAAACAUGUUCUUCGAUCUCUGCAACAAAAAACAAUAUCUUAUUACAAAAGAUUAGACAAAUCUUCUAGUCUGCUUCUAAGCGCAGAAACAAUUUACACAGGCAUUGCUGAUGAUGAGCGCACUAAGACUUCAAUUAAGUUGAACUCUAUUAUGAAUUUUUUUACCUUUAUAGCUGUAAUAUUUAUCCCUUUGAAUUUUACUGUCACUGCCUUUGGUAUGAAUGUAGCCGUACCAUUCCAAGAUGAAAGUGACUUGUGGCCAUUCUAUGUCAUUAUGGGAAGCUCCAUACUUUUUGUACUCUUAUCAUUGAUUAUUAUGAAAAUCAAACCAUUUUUAAGCUAG